AUGCCCCCCACCCCAGCACCCCCAGCCAGCUGCACAGAGUUGCUACAGGCCAGCCGCCGCCAGGUCAACCACCAGGGACGCAUUCAGGAGCCGGGAGCCCAGAGCCCAGCCCCUGCUGCGAUGCUCCUCCCUGGCCUCCUGCUUCUGCUCUGGCUUCCCGCCAGCCUGACUCGCCACGGCCCCUCACUCCGGGUGGGGGCCCACCCCCACCCCCAGAGCCCUGGGACCCCACACUGCUACUCCGCCGAGGAGCUGCCCCUGGGCCACGCCCCCCCACACCUGCUGGCCCGAGCUGCCAAGUGGGAGCAGGCAUUGCCAGUGGCCCUGGUGUCCAGCCUGGAGGCGGUGGGCCGCAGGAGGAGGCACGUGGGGGUCCCGGCCGGGACUCAGUGCCCCGUGCUGCAGCCAGGGGAGGUGCUGGAAGCUGACGUCCACCAGCGCUCCAUCUCGCCCUGGAGAUACCGCGUGGACACGGAUGAGAGCCGCUACCCACAGAAGCUGGCCUUCGCCGAGUGCCUGUGCCGGGGCUGUAUCAGCGCCAAGACGGGCCGCGAGACGGCUGCACUCAACUCGGUGCCACUGGUCCAGAGCCUCCUGGUACUACGCCGCCGGCCCUGCUCCCGGGACACCACGGGGGUGCCCACACCUGGGGCCUUCGCCUUCCACGCUGAGUUCAUCCGUGUGCCCGUGGGCUGCACCUGUGUCCUGCCCAGGUCAGCCCGGUGACUGCUGCUUGGCUCCUGAACUGGCCUCCAGGGAGGCCCUCCUAUUUAUGUGUAUUUAUUGGUUAUUUAUGUGCCCCUGGGGUCUUGGGCAGGUACGAGGCUCCAGGAAAGACUGGCUCCA